AUCACACACACCCUCAAAGAUGCGUGCACUCCUCUACUGCAGGGUGCCAGCUCCCUGCAUCCUCUCCUGACGGCCCCGGGUUACCGAUCCUGCCCGGCUGAGGAGCUGAGGACUGAAGUGGGGCGGGCAAAGAGAGGAAAAACUCUGGCCCCGUCCCGUCCUCCACUUUUAAUGAGCGCUCCGAUCAUGCAGGAGUAAGAGUACCAGGUGGAGAAGCUCAGCGUUUCCACACACGCCCGCUGCAGGGAGAGAGGUGAGGUUUCGAGGGGGAGUACAUUACGCACGGAAUUACCAGUUUUAUUUGUGUCGCCUGGAGGAUUAUUUGACUUUCGCAGGUUGGGAGAUUGUACACGGACACCCGGCUGACCUGCUCCACCAGCGCACCACCCAUCAUGAUGAGAGCAUCACUACCUGCCCUCUGCCUCGCAGUGCUUCUCCUGUCCUGUGCUUGCUGGGCUAAGCCGAACGGAUCAAAGAACAAGAAACCAAAGCAAGUUGUUCCAGAGAUAGAGUGUGAUGUCAGAGCGGGAAAGAUCAACCUCCCAGAGUUCAUAGCCAAAUGUCCUGCGCAGUGUAAAGAGACAAAGCAGCAAGUCUACGGGACGGGGGUGUUCGCCUCCAUCUCCAGCAUCUGCAAUGCAGCCAUCCACAACGGCGUCAUCACCAACUCAGGAGGAAAGGUGAUCGUGAGGAAGAUGGCCGGCCAGAACAUUUACAAAGGCAGCAACUCCAACGGGGUGCGCUCUCUGUCUCUACCAAAGUGGAGGGAGUCGUUUGUUGUCUCAGUGGGGAAACCGAAGAAGGGAGUCAUCUACCCGUCAACUCUGGACUAUGUCCCGUCAAGACCAACCUACGUGAAGACAAGUCAGAAGGAGGCCAAAUCCCCUGUGGCCGCCACGCCGCUGACAACCACACCUGAACCCGCCACGACUACAACACCUGUACCCACUACCACCACAACCACACAGGCUCCAACCACCACCACCACAACACCUCCUCCACCACCCACCACUACCAAAGCUCGGGCUGCUGUGCACAAAGUCAGGGAUGCAGGCAGCAGUCACCCGUACCUUGCCUCUGUGGCAGCGGCAAGUUCAAGGAAGACACAAUUCAGUCAAGGACAGAGUCCCGGCCAAGUAUUCAGAGGAGGUGUCUAUCCGAAUAGAUUUCUACAGCGUACCAGUGCAGGUCUGCGCAGACCAGAGGCAGGGUCAGCUAUCAGGAGGCCGCUAUCUUCUCCAGUCGGCCCAGCUUUUAACAGGGUUCAACCAGCCCAACCCGAGCGGACUCCAACCAUCAGCCAGUCCAACCCCGCUUUUCCCAGAAGGGAUUGGGCGGACACCUCCCUGCCUCAUCCCGAUUGGUUCCCUGGAGCUCGACGUCCAUCAGAUGUUAGCUUUGCAGCUCCAGACUCAGGAUACACAUGGAGUGAGACUGACAGACCUGAUACCGGAGCCCGGGAUCACAGGCCUGAUAUCUCAGAGUAUGAGCGCUGGUAUUAUAACUUUCGACCGCAACCUCCACGAUCCACUGACUCAGAUGUCAACCAUAAGACGCCAGUGGAUGCAACCCAUACACGAGUGGAGCCAGUGGAUGCCUGGAAACCAGAAGCAAACAUUUAUGAAUCAGGAUUCAGCACAAGGGAGCAAGAACCUGCACCAAGAGCCCCUGAGCCUGCGUCACAGGGAGACCCAAACUGUAAGGUGGACCUGGUCUUCCUGAUGGACGGCAGCUGGAGCAUCGGGAAGCGGCGUUUCAAGAUCCAGAAGGACUUCCUGGCUGAGGUGGCUCAGACCAUCAACGUGGGCAUAAAUGGACCCAUGAUGGGCCUCAUCCAAUACGGAGACGACCCCGUGACGGAGAUCAGUCUGAAGUCUCACUCCAACUCCAGAGAGCUGAGGUCGGCUGUAGAUAAGAUUGUGCAGAAAGGAGGCCUCUCGAAUGUGGGAAAGGCCCUCUCCUUCAUCAACAAGCAGUACUUCAGUGAUGUCAAUGGAAACCGUGGAGGGGCCCCCAACGUGGCCGUGGUGCUGGUGGACGGCUGGCCCACGGACAAGGUGGAGGAGGCCUCUCGUUCCGCCCGGGAGUCAGGCAUCAACAUAUUCUUUGUCACCAUCGAGGGCGCCGACGACAACGAGAGGCAAAACCUGGUGGAGGCCAACUUCGUGGACAAGGCCGUGUGUCGGACAAACGGCUUCUACUCCCUGCCUGUGACCAGCUGGUUUGCCCUGAGGAAGGCCGUGCAGCCCCUGGUGAAGAGAGUGUGUGACACGGACCGCCUGAUGUGCAGCAAGACCUGCCUCAACGCCAACGACAUCGCCUUCGUCAUAGACGGCUCCAGCAGCGUGGGAACAGGCAACUUCCGCACGGUGCUGCAGUUCGUGGCCAACGUCACGCAGGAGUUUGAGAUCUCUGACACGGACACGCGGGUCGGGGCCGUGCAGUACACCUACGAGCAGAGGCUGGAGUUCGCCUUCGGCCAGUACAACAACAAGGGCGAGUUGCUGAACGCCAUUAAACGCAUCAACUACUGGAGCGGUGGGACCAGCACCGGUGCCGCCAUCACCUACGCCGCAGAGCAGCUCUUCAGCAAAUCCAAACCCAACAAGCGCAAGAUCAUGAUCGUCAUUACAGAUGGCCGCUCCUAUGAUGACGUCAGGGUGCCUGCACUGGCUGUCCAACGCCAAGGUGUGAUCGCCUACUCCAUCGGCAUCGCCUGGGCCGCCCAGGACGAGCUGGAGUACAUCGCCACGGACCCCGACAAGGACCACUCCUUCUUCGUGGACGAGUUCGACAACCUCUACAAGUUUGUGUCCAAGAUCAUAAACAACAUCUGCCAGGAGUUCAACUCACAGCCGAGGAACUGAGGACGGACGGGCGGGUGUUAAGAGGGACGUCCUGAUCAUGGGCCUGACAGGACGCUGAAUGUAAAUUGACUCACUCUGUUGCCCAGAUGGUGGAGCUGGAUUGGCUGCAGCUCCCCCACGUUUGAACUGGGAGGGGAUUAGGUUUCGAAUUUAGGUGAGGAUUGUGUGUUUUGGUCGAAAACAAAUCUUAAAGUGAAUCAGCAUUUGGUCCCAAGCGGUGCUAAAAGUAAAGACACAGUGACAUCGUGACAUCUCAUGUGGUCCCAGUUGUUCUCUGUCGGUGCCUUUAAGGAACAGGAUUCCUGAGCGUUUAAAAUGACGGUACCACUCUUUAACGAGACACCUUUUAUAGUAUGUCAGUAAGUUGUGCUUUUUUCCCUCAGUAAAAAGAUUUCUAAUGCUCUAACGGUCAAUAAUAAAUCAUUUAUAUGGUUUCGUUCCCCAUUUAGCAUGAAACUCCCGACUUUAUCAUGCAAAUCCGUGAUGUCCUGUUUGACCUUUGACCCUCUGGAGAGAAGCUGCAGAACAUCUGGAACAAAAUUCAUCUGUCAACAAACGAUAUAUAUUCAAUUACGAACAACUAACAGACCCCUCAUAACGGGUCCCGUAUAAAGCAGUGGUACCAGACUGACUAACAGAAGCGGCCUAACUGGGACAUGGUGCUUGCAAAGAAAUGUAGACUUUAAAGCAUGCCUAGCACUUCCUCUUCUGGCUUAUCAAACUUCAUAAACUUAAUAAUACGGUGCUUUUUAUACACUUCUCUAUGAAGAGGAUAUUCUUUCUUAGAAAUGGUGCAUUCUGAUCUUCCUAAGGGGAGAGACUUGUUAGUAGGGACAUUGUUAAAGUUCCUCUGUACGACAGUGGUGCUGAUAUAUGAGUGGCAGGUGAGAACGAGGCUCUUGUGAGUCGGCAGCAUGGAGCGAGGAAGUGGACCCGUGUGGGCGGUGAGGGGAGAGGAGCUUGUGUAUCUUUGUGCAGAGCGACGGCAGAUUGAGCGCCAUCCAUCCCGUCGCUCUUUGUUUUCUAAUCGUGUGGCUGCUUUUAACAUCGCAGGCGUUUCUCUUUUGUUUGAAGAGUAUUUAUGAUUUGUCUCUGUCGUGUCCUGUUUGUACAUAUGCAUAUUAAAAGCCUUUCGCUAUUAAUGUUCAGAUAAUUGAUCAAUGUUUUUUUUUGCAAUUUUUAAUAAAAUAAAGAAAAUGAAGAGAAAUUAAA